CACUUGCCGAAUAGACGACAUAAUAAAACAGCACGGUAAUUACUCUCCGUCGGACCCAGGCCACCACACCGGCGCGUAGAAGAAGGAGAAAAAUAAAAACAAAUUCCAAGGUGUAAUAAAACUGAGUCGGUAAGCGAUCAAUCCACGUAUGGAAUGGUGCUGGGAGGGUGAAGGAGACACACGAAAUGCUAAAUCGGUGUCGGUGUCUGCUUAGAGUAGAGGUAGCCGUAGCCAAAGUGUGUGUCUCAUUGCAAUCAGUUUCGGUCUGCCUCGGGUAGUUUUUGGACGACCUGCAUCAGACCUCUUGUGUAGUGGUGUCGAGAGUGCAAAUUUGAUCAGGUACCCACAACCCAACCCCACUCCCAGGACUGACUGUGGACUGACGCGAGACCAACACAGCGAAGCCGAGUCACUACUUCUUCAAUCUGUUCUACCAGGCAGAAGGAUCCAAUUUUUUCCCCAUUUCAUCGUCGUCGUCGUCCAAGUCGGUACGUGCCUAGCAGAGAAAAAAAAAAGUUUACAAAGUGAACGCGCAUUGAAGGAAUUUUCCCUGAUUCUAAGUGCCGAAACGAAAAGGCAGUGGGAACAAGUUUCCAUCCAAGCGAAAAUUUCAUUACCACGUGUUGUUGGAUUGGAGAAGAAAGACGAGCAAAAAAAAAAAGUUGUUAUCAGUGAGCUGCAAGUUUCGGUGCAUUUUCCUCUUCCUAUUACUUCUGCUGCUGCUGCGUUUGUGUCAAAUUGAGUGCACGGUCCAGAAGACGAAACGUGCAACAGCCAACAGAAGAAAACAGAAAAAAAGCGCUCUCGAACGAAAUUCCCUCGGCGGUUUCGGUCGUUGCUUGAAAGGCUUCCAUUAUUAGAUAAUACCGUUUCUUUCGGUGUUGAAAAAAUAAUCCACAAUACCCCAACCAACGACUAGCAGCACAAGCAGUGAACAUCUUUUUGAGUACAGGAGAAGCUGAAAGUGGUCAUCACCGACCGGCAAGAGUUUGGUGAAGCAAAGAAGAAAAAAAAAAAAACACUAAGCUUUCAUCGGUGGUAGUAGCACGGCAGUGGAGCUGAUUACGGCAGAGUACAAACAGCUGCGGUGGAAGAGCAAAAAAAUGUUUUCAGGACUCCGACUCACGUCCCGGAAAGGUGCCAUCAUCAUCCCCCUCGCCACCCUGACCAUCGUUCUGCUCUGUGUAAUACCAUCGAUUCACGCAGCCGACGCCGCCAUGGCCGCCCCCGUUCCGGCACCGGUAACCCAAAAGUCACAGGUUUCAGACGAAGCACUCGAAAAGGCACUCAGUGAUAAGCGGUACCUGAUGCGACAGCUAAAAUGUGCCCUCGGUGAGGUGCCCUGCGAUCCAGUGGGCAAGCGGUUAAAAAGUCUGGCUCCGUUUGUCCUCCGUGGCGCCUGUCCCCAGUGUACACCGACCGAGGUGACCCAGAUCAAGAAAACUUUGGCCCACCUGCAGCGAAACUUCCCCGCCGAAUGGAACAAAUUGGUGCAGACGUACGCCGGUUGAAACGUCGUUUCGGGAAUGCUAAUUUCAGUUUUUGAAAUCGCCGUGAUUGCCAUCGGAUCAUGGUUUUGUGAAUAUUUUAUUUCUAAACUUUUCAAAGAUAAACUAUUUUUCUAAAAAUUUUACUGCAAAGAACGAUAAUAGAUUGCCACUUUCAAUAGACUACAA